UACUGGCUUCCUUCCUUCUGAAAUCUAAGGUAUAUACUGCUUUCUAUGAAAGAUAUUUUCUUCCAACUUCUCUUAGACCUGAUGGAUAAUCCAUUUUCUUCUCCAACAAGGCUCCAAAAUCCCAAUCUUCUUUGAAUCAACUCAUCAGAACUCCACAUCCAAGACCCAAUCCAACCAAAACCUUAGUUGCCUCUCUGCCAUGGCUGCUCUCUUUCUUGGUCACUCUUGCCAGAGCAGAAACUGCUCAGGCCAAGCUCUUCAGAGCAAAAACUGCCCCAGAAUUCUCAUCACCGUAUCCUGCCAGAGCCGCAUACCGAUCGAUCGGCCGGGCUCGGAAGUCAAGGAAAGGAAGGAGAAGGAGAAGAAGCAGUUCUUGCCAGAGCUUGUUGUCAGUGUUGAGAAUUUUGGGAAGAGAUUGAAGGAUAGUUUGAGUCCCAAGCAGAAGGGUGACUGGAAGGACUUGGUGUUGAUGAGUUUGUCAUUUGCUGUGUAUGUGUACAUAUCUCAGAAGAUAGUUUGUGCUUACUGUGCUUGGACGUCCAUGCUCAAGCAGCCAUGGUAACACAGCAUGAUCAGAGGAAUAGUGUUGUUCCCUGAAGAUGGAUUCAUCAUAAGCCAUUCAUGGCUAAAUGGAUAUUGUUCUUUGGAUUACCUUUUCCUUGUUUGCAACUAAGUUUGUGUUUUCUCUUUUGGAUACAGAGCUGGGAUUUUUGUGAUAUUUUGUAUUGUAAUUAAAUCUUCAAUUUGUGCUAUAAAAACUGGGAGUACGAGCUUCAAAGAGGCUAGGUUUCCAAGCUUCUUUGGACAAGGUC